UUAUCUUAAGGGAACUGGGGCUAAUAUUACAGAUGGUCCAUCUUUCCAUCCUGGUGAAACUUGGGCUUGGAAAUGAAAGGUUCGGAGAUGGAGAACUCGCAUCUGAUACUGGAGCAAAAGCUGCUGGAGGAUAAUCUUGCCAUGCCAAACCAGAAGCUGGAGGUCCUUGAUAUCCUUAAAGCAGCUCAAACAAUCUUUUCCAAGAAUUUCAAUUUCAUCAUCUUCAUCCUUUUCAUUUCCCUCCCUCUUUUCUUCUUCAUGGUUUACUACGAAAUUUUCCUUCAUAGAACUCUGUCAAAUAUCCUAGAGCAGUCUUAUAGUCAUGACUUAGAAUAUCAUCGUUGGUCAGUAGUAACUUCUGAAGUUACAACCAAAUUAAGAGAAUAUCAUCGUGGGUUAGUAGUAACGUCUGAAGUUACAACCAAAUUAAGAACGAUUUUUCCCCAUCAACUGGUUCAACUUGGUUUCCUUUAUCUGGUGCCCUUUCAUCUUCUUGAGCUUUGCACAGUGAUUUUAACGGUGGAUUUGGCAUCAAAGAUAUACGCAGAAGAUAGACCAAUACUGACUCUGAAGGAGAUGCUGUACAAACAGAUUUAUGGAGCAAGAAUAAGAGAUUUACAGGUGCCGUUUCUACUGCUCUACGGACCGGUUUUCAUAGCUUUGCUAUUAAAAUACUUGGAAUGGAGUGCGGUGUGGAACGUGAGUAUCGUCAUUUCAGUGUUGGAGGGGACUUUCGGGCUUCGAGCAAUGGCGCUUUCUUUUCGUUAUAAUAGAGGCAGUGAACGGCGUGGGCUGCUUUUGAUGGCUGUUUUCUUUGUUUGGGGACUGGGCUUGAGGCUGCCAUGCCUCUAUUUUGGAUGCUAUGAAGGAGAGAUUAUGGGAAUUGUUGCACAAGCUGGGUUGUACUGCUUGGGGAAUGUGCUGAAAUGGGUGGUCUGCGUAUUAUAUUUCUAUGAUUGUAAGAAGCAGACUCUAGAGAAGAAAGUUGAUGUGGAAGCAGGGAGAGAAAUUAAAGUCGUUGAAGCAAGGGAAGGUGGUGUUUGCUUUGAGUAGGAAGGAAAUUGGGGUUUUUGCAAUUGAUGAUAUUGAAGCUCUAGUGAUUUUGAGAGGGUUACAGAUUUUACUCAAUAUGGGUUGUAAUGGGCUGAUUAUAGGAGAUUCAAUGCAUGUAAUUGAUGGUAUUAAAUCAAGGGAAUCAGGUUUUACAUCACAGGCGUCUAUUAUUAAGGAAAUACUGCAGAUUCUGAGGCUUUUGUCUGAUUGGGAAUUAAGUCAUGUGGGUAGACAGGAAAAUGAAGUCGUUCAUUUGUUAGCAAGACAUGCUUGUACGGUGGAUGAUAUGGUACAAUGGUGGCAUACAUGCCCAGAUGUUAUAUCUAACAGUGUGUUGAUGGAAGCUUCAAUGUAAUAAUGUGUUUUCUUGUUAGAGUUGGUUGAGGGGUUCUCAGAAUUUACUGUAUUUUAUUGUUGGUAUAGGUUUAAGGGUCCAGUUUAUUACUUGUGCAUGUAUUUGUUUCUUGAACUUUUCAAGUAUGAAUGAAGUCUAUCUUUUAUCAAAAAAAGAAA